UUGCUGUGUUUUCUAAGAACAACUAAUUGAGGGGUUGGGGGAUAACGAUUCUGCUUUGUGUUACUUCUCGGUUUUGUUAUGAUUCCUAAUCAAUUCACUAGUUGUAUUAUUUAUUUGUUGCUCACCAAGUGUUUGACAGAAAUAUUCAGACAAACUAUAGUGUGCUUCCACUCUUAUAACGUCUCAUGUACUUGAAUACGAAUUUGGUUGAUGAUUACAUCAUAUGACUCUAGUCCCUUCAUUGCAUUUAAUGUUCCUCGUUGUUAACCAGUAAUUGAUUCAACUAGGGUACACAUUUGUGUUUGUGUUAGAUGUAGGCAUGUAGCAAACAUGCUUUGGUACCAUCAUGGAACUCAAUUGUUUUGGAUAUUUAAUGCUUUUAUUUUAAUUUACAAUGUUAGUUUUUGUUUUCUAUGACUAAUCUACAAAACUUGUAAUAUUUCAAUUCACUGCUUAGUCCAUUUUUUUUCAUUUUUUCUUUCUCCAAGUACAAGGGUGGGCUCUAAUGGGUUGGCGUUGGACCCUGUAAAUGUAAUAACUUAUGUUACUCUAGUGUGAGUGGAUGGUGAAUGGUUUUUGGUGAUCUUGUUAUUAGUCCAUUUUUACUCUCGGAUUUCCCAAAAAGUAGUAUCGAAGUUGGUUGGUAAUGAUAGUGCAAGUAUAGUGAUGUGGGACACUUUCUAUUGUCUUAAGGUUUUAGAUUGAGAUGUGGUGUACUAAUCUCUUGCUAAUCUUGAUUAUUAGACUAUUAGUUCACUGUUACUCCCUGUGUUCCCUAGAUUCUCCAACACCUCAUUUUCUUCUUUGUUAAUGGGUUGGAGUUGGACAAUGUAUUGUUAUCAAUGAACCAUUCACAAAUUAUAAUAUGUGAUACAUCCAUCGUAUUAGAUUGCUCUAGGAUUUUAUCCUAACUUGCACUGGGAAGUCCAAGAUAAUCAUCAAAUGGCACGGAUCUGGUUCUUAGCUCAUGAGUGGUGGUGCUGUCCUACUUAACACACUUCGCUAAUUAGAAACCCUCUUCCGGAAUCCAGUCAAAUUUGGGAUUGCAUGCUAAAGUUGAAAGAUUAUUAAAUCCAUGUAAGAAAGAAAGUUCACACAUGGUGGAAAAAAGUUCUUAGGUUAAGAUAGUUAGAAAUGCAAAUUAUUAUGUAUAAUGUAAAUAAGGGGGAUCAGAGGGAGAUCAUCCAGUCACUGAGUGAAAGGGGGGGCAUUUGGCAGAAAUUUUUGAAGAAUCUCGAAGUUUUGCAGCUUUCUAUCUUUAAAAUUGAUGUUUAUCCCUAUUUCUUUGUAUUAAAAUAUCGCCUCCUAUCAUUUCCCCCUCAAAAUGGGGAGCUUUUCCUGGAUGAAAUUUAGAUGUUAUUUUUCUGUUCACUUUUAGUAUCACUACACUGCUAGAUCUAGUUUAAUUGGAACUGCUGUAUGAUUCUCAAAUCACUGCGGAAUCUUAAUUUACUGUGACAAGUUCACAUGUUGAUCACAACACUUCUUGCCUAUGAGUUCCAACCUUGAUGGGGGUUGGAGUAAGAGGUAAGGAGGCAUGAUCAAUUGGGCUAUCAGUUUUCUGUGGUGUGAAAACUGAAAAUGCUGUUUGUGGAUACCAUUAUCUUUCUUUUGAUAUUAUUUUAAUCAAUUUCUGGUGUUGCUCUCUUCUUGCAUGACCGGUCAGCAUUGUCAAUUGUUAACAGGUUUAGACUUCAAGCAACUUUGAGUCUCAAUCCCACAUUUUCUCGGCGGGUCAGACUGCAAUAGGGUUGUGGAACUUUCCAGGGAAAAAAAAAUUCCCAGAAGAUGGAGGAGGGCAUGGAAUUGCAACUCUCCCUGGACAAGCUCCCGAUCAAGCGCUUGGAUUCCAUUGAAGAAAAUGGAAUGGAACGAUUCCCUUUGAAUGCGGAUUACGAUGAAAAACGAAUCUCUCUGAUCAGGCGAAUUGACUUCGCUUGGGCCAUUGAGAAGGACGAGGAAAAGAAGAAGCAGAAGAAAAGCUCAAAGGAGACCUCAACACCAUGGCAAUGGCAAGGCAUGGUGGAUAAUUUGAAGUUGGCUCAUCAGGAGCUCUCUGUCAUCAUAGAUCUCAUCAACACUGUGGAAGCAAACGAUGCAGUAACUGUGGCUAGCAUGACAAGGCCAAAACCAUUACCAAAUGAAGCUUUGUCCGACCUUGCUGUAUCUGCAGCCACCAAGCUUCAAUGCUACCGUCAAGUUGGGAAAUAUUUCAAGCAAUCUGCCAAGGCUUUUGAACAGCAACUUGCUCGGGAAGCUAGGUUUUAUGGUGCCCUUAUCAGGUUGCAGCAAAAUUGGAAAGUAAAACGGCAACGCCAAGCAUCUAUAGUUCCAGGGAAUGAGGGCUUCACUUUUGAUCUCUUUGAUAACUCGUAUGACCAAGGAGCUAUUAUUCGGUCAUCACCUAUGUCCACUGUCCGUGUCAAUCAUGAUGCAGCUGGGAUGCUGGCUAUAAAUGUGUCUCCCAAUUUGUGUCAUUCUCUCGAAUUUGGUUUUGUCGGUGCACAACUAAAUAUGCAGAAGAAAUCCAAUGAAAACAAAUCUCCCUUAUCUGAUGAGCAUUGCUUGGGAGAAACAGACACGGAAUCUUCAAGUGAUGAGGAGUAUGUGAAGAAAACUCAUUCACUCCUUCGCGAUGUACAUAAAGCAAUUUUUAAUGAGCAGGUGUUUGAUCUGGUGAAUCGUGAAGCUUUUAACACGUCUACCGGUUUCAGUCUGACUGGAUUACGGGAAAAUUAUUUACAAUUAAGUUUAGGUCAAGGAACCUCUGUGUACCUAUCGCUAGUGUCCACUGGUCAAGAUCAUCCUACAGUUGAAGGUGAACUUACCAAUAAUGCAGAAAAUGCAUCUUCACCUUUGGAUUCAUCAGACAUAUUGAUGCAUGAUGCCAAACAAAACACCCUUAAGAAGAAAGGGCAGCAUUCUAUUUCUACCUGUUAUGAGAUUUAUAUUCAACAGAUUUAUCAAGAACAUAUAUUUGGAAGAAGUAGCGAAAAACCAAUUUCCUCUGGUAAUCGUUUAUCUGGUGCACAGGCAAAAGAUGGAUCCAGUCUUCUUGGUCAUUUUUUUAUGUCUUUGGCUCAUAGGAUCUUUUCAAGUAAAAUUCUUGCAGAGCUGGAAAAUGUGGUUUUCAAGGUCCCAUAUCUCCAACUAAUUUCCAAUCCCACAUGGCAUUCUCGGGGGUCAUCAUGGACCCUAUUUAUGGAGGUUCCUCCAUCUAUUCUUCAUGGUUGCCAAAUCAAAACAUCAGAUUAUUGUGAGAAAAAUUCUAUCAAGCGUCAGUUUUGGAUUAAGGUUGUCGUAAUCGAUGAUCGCAUCAAUGUUAAAGCAGAAGGCUCUCCUAAUGUGGCAGGCCUGUUCAAGGGAAAGUCUGAGGAUACCCACUCAAUAAACAAAUAUGAUUGCAACUUAGCUGAUCUUCCUGUGAUUAUUUUGCAGCAGGUUGCUAGCCAAAUUAUUAAUUGGCUAUAUCAUGAAGCUCUGAUGGUUGGGAUAAAGGCGAAUCGGGACUUUUUAUGCUUGUCGUUUGAGCUCGAACAGGGUGAAACACUUGGUCUGGUUGCCAAUGUGGAUCCAGAAGACACUGAUGGUUGUAUAUCUUGGUCGUUAGUCAUGGAGGAUAGUUUUGCAGAGGUCCAAAAGCUUCAUAAAAACAUCACCAAUGGUGCAUCUGAAUAUAGGAAAUUUCUAGGUCCCUUGUCUCUUGAUUUGUUAUAUGCUACCCUGAUAGAUUUAAUCGCCUUUGUUGGCGGCUGCGGCCAUUGAAGUUGUAUGUAUCAUGUAUGCAUGUCUCUUCUUGCAUUGUCAAGUGGAACAUCUUCGUGGUUUUUGUGCAACAAUCAUUCAUAAUCUUAUGUGCAUUUUUAUUAGAUUUACGCA